CAACCAUCAGGUACCUCGUCAGACCUGCUGCGCGUUUAGAUAACCGCUGAUGGCACAGCGUUUCAUGCACCGCUGCAAAUCUGGUUUCCACUGUUGUCUAAAUUCAAAUCGACAGGGGUCAGUCUCAGUGUCUGUUAUUUAGAGAUAAUAUCACAUUGACGUCAGUUAUCAUCACUGUAUUUACCUGACCUUAUGUCAACAUGGCAUCAGGAAGGAAAGGCUCCACUUCAAAAGGUGGAAUAGUGCGUUUCCCCGACGAUGAGGAAGAUGCUACCAUUAACAAUAGUUGUGAUGAAAUGCUUCAGGAUAAAGUCAUCACUGCUCUACCAGAGCCUGAUGGUGCAUAUCUUGUUAAGGUGGGAUUUUUAAGGAGCCAUCACAAAUAUGAAAUUGGCUUCUCUUUGCCGCAUGUCCCCAAGCUGGGCAAAGAUGUCUCCCUUUCCCCGGCACUUCGGACUACGGCAAGACCACGUCUACGUGCAACAUGCAUCACACCACGCCCUGAGGGGGGAGUGAGGGUGGUUUGUGAGUACAGCGCUCAGCAGGAGGGAGUGGUACAGGAGGAACUCACUCUGGUCAACAGGAGCAGAAGGGACAGCAGUGUCAAAGUUAGAUUACAGGCCAGAGUCAUGGAGCGCCACCAUGGGACACCAAUGUUACUUGAUGGAGUGCGAUGUAUUGGAGAAGAAAAACAUGUCACCUCCAAAAAUAAUGAAACAAAGAAGAUGUGACUAAAGCAUGUAUAUUAUGAGAAUGAACAGAAAUGAUAACACAUGAAUGUGCAUCAGAAAUGUGAAAAAAAAAACCUCACCCCCAGUCCUGGAGGAUUUCCGGAUCAACUGAUGGGUUUCUGCACUAACGUACAUAUGGAGACUACAUACUAGUCUACUGAUGACAUCACAAUAAUGGCAUCACAAAUUCAUCCUAACCUUAGUUUUUAACAGAAUUGUGAAGGUCAUGGUUUCUUAAGGGAAUUGGAAGAGCAAUAUCAAUGUAUCCAGCUAAGGAUAGCAGAAAUUUUAUAAGUUUAGAUUUGUUCAGCUAUGUGCUGUUCUGUAGCUUGAGUAUGUGUAGCCUAUACCUUUGUACUGAUAGUAUACUCUGCUCUUACCCAGAUAGCCUAGAACAGAUUACAUUUAACACUUGUAUGACAGACAAUAGGGAAACCUUAAAUAAAUUAAUGAAGAAAAAGUACACCCUACCCCUCUUACUCAUCCGCCUUAGAGUACCACACUAUUUAGUGAUUUAAUCAUCAAAGCUCUCUGCGAUAAAAAAAAAAAAAAAAAAAAAAAGGCUGAAUAGAAUACUUUUUAAGGUUGUCUAGCCAGGAGCACGAUGUACUGUCUAGAUCUUAGAUCAGAAAAUCAGAAAAACUUGAUUUACAAAAGGUUAUGUUUGUAUUUUCUGCACCACUAGCAUCACCAAAUGGUGUAGCACUGGCUCUAUUGGUUACUGUUUUGUAUUUAGUGUGCUUCAAUAGCACUGAACUGAAUUUUUUUUUUAUAAGUCCUACUUGCACCCCACCAUGGUGUUGUAUAGAAAAUGUAUGCAUGUAUUUGGAUUUUAUUGGAUGUGUGUUGCUAUUAAAAAGGAAGAAAUCAACAA